AUGGCAAAAAAUCCUUCAGCAUACUUGCUCUUCCUUGCCAUCUUGGUUCUUGCCACAGCCACAUCCUCAUCAGCUCAGAUCUUGCCUCCCUUUUCUACCUUGCCUCCCGUGCUUCAAAAUUCCACUAACGUAGCUCAAGUUCAGGCUCUUGGCGUCCUUUCUUGCACGGUCACCGGGACUCCUAUUCCCUUUGUCCCCAGCCCACCUGUGGUUGGUGCUCUUGUCAACUUGUCCUGCGAUGGAGGCAGGACCACUCUCGCACAAGCCGUCACCAACACCGCCGGUUUUUACAACGUCACUCUCAACGUGGUUCAGGGCCUUCUCUUUAACACAACAGACUGUGCCCUCUUUGUCGGCCUCCCGCUCGUCAACUGCACUAUUUUCCCUCCCCGUGGAGUACUUAGAAUCCCUCUUGGCGUUCUUACCAUUGUCCCUGGACUGCUUGGCAAUGUUCUUGUAUUGAUUGGACAAAUUUUCAGGGUGAUUGGUGUGUAA